AUGACUGCCGCCGGCUCGAAUGGCGGGUUUAUCCAGAGUGACGCCGGCGAUGGAACCACAGCCACCGACCAAUAUGUGAAUGGUGCUCGUUUGCCUCUCAUUCUCACCAGUGUGGUGAUUGCGAUGUUCAUUGUGGCACUCGACCAAACCAUUGUCUCGACGAUUUUAACUGUGGUCAGUGAUGAAUUCGGCUCUUUUUCAAAGGUCGGCUGGUUGACCUCGGCGUUCAUUCUUCCUGUGGCGUGUUUGGCGCCGCUGUACGGCAAAGUGUCCAUUGCUUUUGGAAGGAAAUACACAUUGUGCGUUGGAAUCGUCAUCUUUGAAAUCGGCUCGCUUGUCUGCGCUCUAGCAAACAGUAUUGAUAUGCUCAUUGGUGGCAGAGUCAUCCAAGGUAUUGGCGGCGGUGCUGUCCAAGCCAUGGUGGUGGUCAUUAUUUCCGAGUCUGUGCCGAUCAAUAAGCGUGCAUUAUCCAUGUCGCUUAUUGGUAUCACUUUUUCUGUGGCAUCAGUCAGCGGGCCUUUUAUUGGCGGUGCCUUUGCGUCGCACGUCACGUGGAGGUGGUGUUUUUAUAUCAACUUGCCCUUAGGAGCCAUUGCUUUGGUGCUCAUGCUCACCUUCUUCCACCCGCCUAGACCACUGGGCCACAUUCGAGCGAAAUUGUCCAAAAUCGACUACUUGGGCACCAUCCUCAUCUCGGCCGGUUUAGUGUUGGUUUUACUCGCCAUCACGUUUGGCGGGAACGAGUAUGCAUGGGAUUCGGCUGCCAUCAUCUGUCUCUUCACCAUUGGAGGCGUUGUGUUGGUGGUCUUUGCAGUUUACAACUUCCUUCUCUCGAAAAACCCCCUCAUCCUCAAGGAGUUUGUCACAACGCCUCAGAUCUUGGGGUCUGGUUUCAUGGCUUUCUUCAACUUUGCGUUUUUUUUGAGUUUGGUGAACUACCUCGCCAUUUACUUUCAGGUCAUAUUUAAUGCGUCUGCCUGGCAAUCUGGAAUUGACUUGCUUCCCUUGGUCAUCAGUGUAUCGGUGGCCUCUGCAUUCAAUGGAAUCUUCAUCAGGUACCUAUACUUCAUCAAAGUCCCCAUGAUGAUUUCGGGGAUUCUUUCGCCAAUUGGUGUCGGCAUUCUUUUGCUUUUAGACAGAGACACAAGCACAUCCGCUCACAUCGGAUUGCUUAUUCCUGUGGGCGUUUCUGUCGGACUUCAAUUCCAAAGUACCUUGCUCUCAGCGCAACUCAAAGCACCGGGCCAUAUUCCAGGAUCUAUGAUCUUGGUGACCGUCUUUGUUAACUUUAUGAGAACUUUAGGUGGGGUCAUAGGAGUUACAAUGUCCCAGCUUAUGCUUUUGACUCGGGGAUCUGAGUAUAUAUCGCAAGCUAUAGUGGAUAACCCUGAUGUGCCGGCGCUUGCUUCUGUUCCAGCGAAAACUUUACUUUCAUCCCCAAGCAUUAUCUGGGCACUUCCAAGCGACGCCCGUGAUCUUGUUUUGGACGCGUUUAUGAAAGCUUUGCAUGAUGUGUUCUACUUAGACUUGGCCUUCGCUUGCUUAUGCUUGAUUGCAGCUGCAAUGUCCACAAACAAGAUGAUUCCUAAAGCUGAUGAAAUCGAACACACGGCAAAGAAAGAAAAGCUUCCUUCUGAUGAGGAAGAUUUUUUUGUGUUUUUGGGCAAUCCUCAUUUAAACAUCCUUGUGUUCAAAAUCACACCGUUUAACGCCUAA